AGUAGUAGGCAGGACACUUCAGUGUGGGCUGCUUGCUUUCUUUGGUCAGACGCUGAAUUUGGCAGAGAAUUAUUUGAGAACAGACACAGUUUAGAAAGACUGAAUUUUAAAUCUUCUGGGUUUGUUUUCUUGGACCUCCAAAUCUCAGGUGACAAGACCAACAGAAGCAGGUAUGCAUAAACUGCAGGCUGUCAAAUACUGGUAAUGAUCAAAGGAGUGACAAGCCACUGUCCAGCCUCUGCCUGUGGUAUAAAGACCUGAGGGAAGUCUUUCCUGUCAAGAUGGAAAAUAGUACCACUACCAUUUCUCGGGAGGAGCUGGAGGAACUACAAGAAGCAUUUAAUAAAAUAGAUAUUGACAACAGUGGGUAUGUCAGUGACUAUGAACUUCAGGACCUGUUUAAGGAAGCAAGCCUUCCUCUGCCUGGUUACAAAGUCCGAGAGAUCGUGGAGAAAAUUCUAGCAGUUGCUGACAACAACAAAGAUGGCAAAAUCAGUUUUGAAGAAUUUGUCUCUCUAAUGCAAGAGUUAAAAAGCAAAGACAUCAGCAAAACAUUCCGAAAAAUAAUUAACAAGAGGGAAGGGAUUACUGCUAUUGGAGGAACUUCAUCCAUUUCCAGUGAGGGCACACAGCAUUCCUAUUCAGAGGAAGAAAAGGUGGCAUUUGUUAACUGGAUAAACAAGGCCCUGGAGGAUGACCCUGACUGUAAGCAUCUCAUACCCAUGAAUCCCAGUGAUGGAAGUCUUUUCAAAUCACUUGCAGAUGGCAUCCUUCUUUGCAAAAUGAUCAACUUAUCUGAACCAGAUACAAUUGAUGAAAGAGCCAUUAAUAAGAAAAAGCUCACCCCUUUCACUGUUUCUGAAAAUUUAAACCUAGCCCUGAAUUCUGCCUCAGCCAUUGGAUGUACAGUGGUUAAUAUUGGUGCACAGGAUCUCAAAGAAGGAAAACCUCACUUGGUCUUGGGACUUCUCUGGCAGAUCAUCAAAGUUGGUCUUUUUGCUGAUAUUGAGAUUUCCAGGAAUGAAGCUCUGAUUGCAUUGCUAAAUGAAGGUGAGGAACUAGAAGAGCUGAUGAAGCUUUCUCCAGAGGAGUUAUUGUUGCGAUGGGUGAACUACCAUUUGACCAAUGCAGGAUGGCAUACCAUCAACAACUUUAGCCAAGACAUUAAGGAUUCAAGAGCCUAUUUUCAUCUGCUUAAUCAGAUUGCACCUAAAGGUGACAGGGAUGAUGGACCUGCCAUUGCCAUUGAUCUUUCAGGAUUUAAUGAGAAAAAUGACCUGAAGCGUGCUGGAUUCAUGCUUCAAGAAGCAGAUAAACUGGGCUGCAGACAGUUUGUUACUCCUGCAGAUGUGGUUUCAGGCAAUCCUAAACUUAAUUUAGCUUUUGUAGCUAAUCUAUUUAAUACAUACCCAUGCCUACACAAGCCUGAAAAUAAUGACAUCGAUAUGAAUUUAUUGGAAGGAGAGAGCAAGGAAGAAAGGACAUUUCGAAACUGGAUGAAUUCCUUGGGGGUAAACCCUUACAUUAAUCAUUUGUACAGUGAUCUUGCAGAUGCUCUAGUGAUCUUCCAGCUCUAUGAAAUGACCCGUGUGCCAGUCAACUGGAGCCGUGUCAACAAGCCUCCAUACCCUGCCCUUGGAGGGAACAUGAAGAAGAUUGAAAAUUGUAACUAUGCAGUGGAACUUGGGAAGAAUAAGGCCAAAUUCUCCUUGGUUGGUAUUGCUGGGCAGGACCUAAAUGAAGGGAAUUCAACACUGACACUGGCAUUGGUAUGGCAGUUAAUGAGAAGGUACACAUUGAAUGUGUUAUCAGAUCUUGGAGAAGGUGAAAAAGUCAAUGAUGAAAUUAUAAUUAAAUGGGUCAAUCAGACUCUUAAAAAUGCAAACAAAAAUACUUCUAUUUCCAGCUUCAAGGACAAAUCUAUUAGCACUAGUUUACCUGUCCUAGAUUUAAUAGAUGCCAUUGCACCAAAUGCAGUUCGUCAAGAAAUGAUAAAGAGAGAAGACUUCUCUGAUGAGGACAAGCUGAACAAUGCUAAAUAUGCUAUUUCAGUUGCUCGGAAGAUUGGUGCCAGGAUAUAUGCCUUACCUGACGACCUUGUAGAAGUGAAACCAAAGAUGGUCAUGACAGUGUUUGCAUGCUUAAUGGGAAAAGGACUAAACAGAAUAAAAUAAACAUUUAAUAUUAUUUUCUGCCACAUUAACACAUGGAAUGCCUCACAGUUUACAGAAUUCUGAAAUGUAGGUAUAAAAGCAGAGAUUACUUGUAUGCUCAAAACAAUUGUAAAAUUCAUUAAUGAAUUCAGUAUCCUAUUCAUACUAGUUAGAGUUUGUCGAUCUUUUUGGAUAACACAAUUAAUUUACUAGUAGAUACUUAGAAUAUGUUCAUCAUCAAGCCGAUAUUUCACAAUUAAAUUAUCUUCAUUUUGGAAAGUCUCAUUAAAACAAGACUAAUUUAAUCUUUUUCAUGGUUCUAAAAGAGCAAUACAAUUUUUUUUGCAAGUCCUGUGAAAUGUGUUUUGAUUUGUGUUAAAUUUGAUUAUAACUGCAUUAAAAUUCAUAAUUCAGUUUCA